GAUACGACUCCUGGAUCUAGCCAUGUCGCAGGCAAGUCCUUCGAAGAGGCCGCGGACCAUCUCAGAAUCCCCGAGAGAUGGGACUACUCAGGAUGGAACGCCGAACGAAGCUCUGACCCGGGGUUUGGCUCAAGAGCCACUUGACUAUCCUCGCAAGCGAGCCAUCAUCGCUUGCGAGAUCUGCCGAAGUCGCAAAUCACGGUGCGAUGGUGGAAAGCGUAUGUUGAGUCUGGCCGAAAGUGCUACUCCAGCUGAUAAUCCGCGUANNGCGAGGUGUAAACUGUGUAUCGAACUCGACGCGCGAUGUGUUUAUCGAGAACCCGGUAUUAAAUUGGAUGCAGGCGACAAACUCAUCCUGGAAAGGUUGACCCACAUCGAGGAUAUGUUGCAGUCCGCCAUGGCCACCGCACACAUGAGUGUCAACGCUACGAAAGCGGCGGCUCACAUGGGCGCAUCCCCCACCGCAAGCACUAGUACCACAGAUGAUACCUCAGCAAGACGUAUCAGCUGCAGUGUUGCUCUAGAGAACAACAGACUGAACGGCCUCGGCACAUGGGACAGUGUGAAUAUCUCGACCAUGCCCAAAGGCCAUACUACCCCUGCUUUGAAUCUCUUGCAAUGGCCACUCAUCCGCGACUUGGUUUCGCAGCCCUUGGAUCCGCAGAUUCUGGUGGAAAUGGAAAUGUCGCGACCUCCGAUCAAUCUUCCACACUUUCCUCGACCAGACAUGGCGAACACGGCAGUCUAUGCGAGCUCAUAUUUCGAUCUGGUGAAUGUCUGGUAUGCUUGCGUUAACCCAAAUGCAUGGCCCAACCACUACCGUGAAGCCACCUCGGUUGGCUUUAUACAAGGAGCAGACAGCUGUCUCGUAAUGCUGGUGCUUGCUCUAGGUGCCGCAGCUCAUGGUGGAAGCAUCUCGAGGCAUCCUCAUAACGCAGAGCCUCGUGGUAUCGAUUACUUCGCGUCCGCCUGGAAGAUCAUACCCAACUUGGCUAUAAGAAACGACAUACCAGCUGUGCAGUGCCACAUACUAGCCGCAGCCUACCUCUUCUACCUUGUUCGGCCGUUGGAGGCAUGGAAUAUGCUCACAAUCGCUUCUACCAAGCUACAGCUGGUUCUUGGUGUCCCAGAUAGAAUACCGACCUCUCAGAGAGAACUUCUUGUAAGGCUGUACUGGGAUACUCUUUUGGCCGAAUCAGACUUGCUCGCAGAACUUGAAUUGCCACACUCUGGGAUCGUCAAUUUCGAAGACCUGGUAGGCCUGCCGGGUCCUUUCUCCGAUGUAGAAGGAGAAUAUACCAGCAAGGACGAACUAUGGUACUUUCUUGCAGAGAUCGCGCUACGCCGGCUUCUGAAUAGAGUCAGCCAUCUGCUCUAUGUCAAGACGCCAACCACUGUUCCUACCUCGAAGCUGGCACGGGUCACUGCCGAACUCGAUUUCCAACUAUCACAGUGGUAUGAGGGCCUGCCACAACCGAUCAAAUUCUCGAUGACGACUCUCUCUUCAGGCUCGCCUGGUCAAGUCUGUUUGAGAUUGCGAUAUUUUGCAUGUCGGACCAUCAUCUUUCGUCCUUAUGUCUUUGCUGUGCUCUCAGAUGAGAAUGCAGUUGCUGAUCCGGUGGUUAAAGAGAACUGUCGGAAAUGUCUGGAAGCAUGUCUGAGGCAGAUCGACAAUGUUUCUGCGCAGUCAGGUGCUCUUAGUCUGGUUUCCCAAACGCUGCUGGUGAUGGGAGCCACUAUGUCGCCUAAGCUUGCUGCUCUGCUCCCUCCGACGAUAUCUGUCGAAGCGAUUAUCGCGGAAGUAGUUUCAGAGUUGAACAGACUGGCCCACCUUGCACCAAGCUUGAAUUUGAGUGCAGAAAUCGUGCAGGAGGCAGGAGCAAGACGGAAGAUGUUUUUCGACAAUCAAAGAUCGCGAGUC